CUUGAUAUAAACAAUGUUCAUUCUUGAAUAGGUGCAGUACUAGCUGGCUGGCUGAGGUAACUGCACUCUGCUUGUAUUGAUUCUUCCAGCACUUUGGGCACAUUUACCUUCAUUUCACUGCAAUGCGGCUAUUUAAGCAAUCCCGAAGGGUACUCCAACUUCAGCAGCAUUUGCUGAAAUUCGACUUCCUGAAAGGACAUGGCUUGCGUUAUGCCUCAUUUUUACAUCAAGAGGCAUACAUUGGAGGCAAGUGGGUAUCUGCUUCCAGUGGGAAAACAUUUACUGUAGAUAAUCCAGCCAACGGGAAGGUGAUUGGUCAUGUUCCAGACAUGGCAGAAGAAGAUACCCAGGCAGCUAUUGAUUCAGCGUAUGAAGCCUUUCAGUCGUGGAAGAGAACUACUGCCAAAGAAAGGUCAAUCCUGCUUAGGAAGUGGUAUGAUUUAAUGGAAGCCCACAAAGAUGAUUUGGCAUUAAUCCUUACAGCUGAGGCUGGAAAACCUCUAGCUGAAGCUCGUGGUGAAAUUGGUUAUGGAAGCUCUUUCUUGGAGUGGUUUGCAGAGGAAGCCAAAAGGAUAUAUGGAGAAGUAGUUCCAAGUCCAUCCUCAAGCAAGGAGAUGAUCUUCAUUCGAGAACCCAUAGGUGUGGUGUCCCUCAUUACGCCGUGGAAUUUUCCCAAUGCUAUGAUUACAAGGAAAGCUGGGGCUGCCUUAGCAGCUGGGUGCACUUGCGUCAUUAAGCCGGCUGAGGACACACCCUUAUCGGCUCUAGCUAUUGCUGACCUAGCAGAAAAAGCUGGUAUACCACCAGGUGUAGUCAAUGUUGUGACAGCAUCUCGGCCAAAUACACCAGCUGUUGGAAAUUUGUUAUGCACGAGUCCAAAGGUUGCAGGUGUCUCUUUUACCGGCUCGUCUGCAGUAGGUAAACUCUUGUAUAGAUUAUGUUCGACUGGCAUAAAGAAAAUCGGUCUGGAACUUGGAGGAAAUGCACCUUUCAUCGUAUUUAAUUCUGCUGACCUUAACAAAGCUAUUGAGGGAUUCUUAGUAGCUAAAUUCAGAAAUGCAGGCCAGACGUGCAUCAGUGCCAAUAGAAUUUAUGUCCAGAGUGGAAUAUAUGACCAGUUUUUAGCAGCAUGCAAGGAGGCAAUUAGCAAACGAUUAGUGAUAGGUGAUGGCUUCAGCAAGGAGGUGAAUGUGGGACCUCUUAUCAAUCAGAGUCAGAUAAAUAAGGUUGAAGGUUUGGUAAAUGAUUCGGUUAAAAUGGGUGCAGAAGUAGUAAUGGGUGGAAAGCGUCAUGACCUGGGUGGCCUGUUUUUUGAGCCAACCAUUUUGACUCAAGUUUCAGCAGAAAUGCCAUGUAUCAGGGAGGAAAUAUUUGGACCAGUUGCUGCUAUUCAAAAAUUUGAAACUGAGGAGGAAGUUCUUGCAAAGGCCAAUGCAUGUCAACAUGGAUUAGCUGGGUACUUUUUCUCUCAAGAUAUUUCACAGGUUUGGCGAGUUGCUCGCAGAUUGGAGACUGGAAUGAUUGGGAUUAACGAAGGUUUGAUAUCGGCAGCAGAGGCUGCUUUUGGUGGAAUCAAAGAAUCAGGAAUAGGAAGGGAGGGGUCUAGACAUGGAGUGGAUGACUACACUCAUAUAAAGUAUCUUUGUAUGGGAGGAAUUAAUUAAGAGGGAUUUGUAAUCGGUGAACUUCUCGUUGUUUUGAUUUUCAGAAACAUUUGUGACUUGAAUUUUUUAAAUUAAAUUAUACUUAAGAGCAUAGUUGGUGAGCAAAUAAGAAAUUUCAGUAUGUACUCAGAUAUUACUGAGUGACUUGGGUCAGGGAUUGACAAUAGUUGAAUUUUAUAUAUUUUUUAUAACUUGACUGUGAAAGUGAACACUAGUGACCAAAUAAGAAAAGAGUAAAGUAUGUUUUUAAUAUGAUAAAUAUUGAGCAGCAAGAAAGCAAAAGUUUCUCAUAAUCCAGCAAGAGCAGAUGAAAAAUUUGAUGCUUUACGUAAAAUUAACUGAGGGUUUCUUGCUCUGAUGCACAAAUAUAUACUAAUGCAGGCAACCUCAAGAUGAGUAUUGACCAGAUAAAAUAAGUUUAUUUCUAGCUGGAUGUAAAUGUACAAACUUUGGGAAACAUACCGUGAAUGCCACCAAAAAGUAACCAGCCAAGUAAUUAAAUAAUUAAAAAGGAUGAGUUUGGUUGUCUGAUGGUGUUAGUGUUCUGGUGAGUUUUGUCACCUCUUGUAUCUUCUGCAAUUUCUACCUGAAUUCCUAUCCAGCAAAAGUCCUUAUCUUUGGCUCUCCAAUAUCUGGCCCUUCCCACUGAUGGCAUCCUGUCAUUUCUCGUCCACCUUUUCUUAAAUUCACUGGUCCUUUCCCCUCCUCAGACCAUUGCAAUCUUUAUCAAGAUUGUAAUCUAUUAUCCAACCUCUAAACACAUCUUUCAGGUAUAUGUACUGUACUUCCUUAUUUGUAGUGUGAUUUUCUAAAUGAACUCGAUCCAUAAGUUUUUGAAUGUUGUGGAGACAUUUCUGUAGUUUCCUCUGUUUUCUAUAUAAAUUUCGCCUCUACAUAAUAAAAAAAGUAAUUUCCACAACAUAAUUUUAUGCCUCUAUUUAACUCAGGGUACUCCUAUAUUCACCAGGAACAAAUUUCUCGCUUUUCAUACUUCAUCCAGGUUUUUGUUACCCCUUUGUAUUCUUUCUUACUCCCCUGUUAAUCCAGUAUGUUGCCAGUUGAACAGACUUUCAUUCUUCUUCAAGGCCUGCCUGUCUCCUUAAUAAUAAUCCAUCUCUUCUUAGUUUUUAUACAUAUCAAACAUCAGAAUUCCUUACUCCUUUCCAAAUUUAAUUAUUUGGAGCAUCUGUGACACCAUAUCAGAAAUUCCUUACCCUUUUAAACUUACGUACUCAUUUGGAGCAUCUUUGACAUCAUACUUACAAUACAUGGUACAGAAUUGGUCUCCUCUACUUAAUACUUGUCCACAUUAGCCUCCUUCCCAAUUAUAAUUUUUGUUUGUGCCUACAUAAAUUUUAAGCACUUUCUUUACCAUAAAAGUUCUGUCAAACUUCUGUUAAUGAAAGUAUUUCAUAAAACCUGCUGUUUUUGCUUUAGGAAAUCUUGUGGAUUUUGUUUCAGCUGGUACAGAUAUAUAGUAGUUGCCAAAUCUUAGGAAUACUAAGUAGUGUUAAGGAGCAUUUAAGUUGUACAGGUGCCCAAGAUGCUCAUUUAAUGUUUAGUGUGAAGGUUUUGAAGCAUGCAAUAGUUACAGACUUUAUGGUUUACAGUUACAAAUUAGCAUCAAACACUAUAUGAUUUAAACCACAGUUCUGGUCAAAGUAACAAGUCAGUUAUAUGCCCGUUUUAGAGUAACGGGUACAAGGUAAUUAUUCAUUUGCUCAGUUACCAUACUUACAUAGUUAACAAUUGCAGGAUAUAGUCUUAAUGUUAAAAUUAUUAGGUUAUGGAAGAAAUUUCUAGGACUCCUAAUCAUUCCACUGUAGAAGAGGAUUUGCACUUCAAAAUCUAAAAUUCACCUAAGUAGAUUUUAUCCAUGUAUAUUUUUGGUGACGUAGGAUUGUUACCCAGAAGUAAAACUGUGGAACAUUUACCUUUCCAUGAAAUAGUAGAUGUCUGUAGUAUUUCUGUACAAAGCAGUUACUUGUGUUGCUCAUGUGAAUACUCGUAAGUUUAAGCUGUAUUCUAGUAUGUAUAACGGAGUGCUUCCUGCUUGCCUGCCUAAAUAGUACGUAUAUUUUUGCCCUGUGGGUUAAAACUUAUUAUUCAUUCCUUCCCUGUCACCAAGUGAUAUUGCAUUGCGCGUAACAUUUUUCACCUAAGUAGACAGCUGAGGUGCACCACUUCGUUCACUUGGUGUUUUUUAGUCUUUUAUCUUAACGUUAACAGCAUAGUACAGUGCCUGUACUGUGAGAUUUGUUAUUUUACUGAUAAGUACAGGAAUUGUACUUUGAAGUUUGUUAUUGAACUGAUAAGUAGUGGCUGUACUUUGAGAUUUGUUAUUUUAAUUUAUAAGUGUUAUUGAACUGAUAAGUAGUGGCUGUACUUUGAGAUUUGUUAUUUUACUUAUAAGUAAUGCACUUGUAUUUUGAGAUUUGUUAUUUUACAGAUAAGUAUACAAUGCCUACUCUUUGAGAUUUUUGUUAUUUUACUGAUACUCUAAUAUGAAUUUAUACCUAUUGCCCUCAUAAAGUCUUUAUUUUUAGAAAUCAUUAUAUGAAUCAUGAGAGAUUCCUUCAGGUUUAGUAGUUCUAUUAUAUGUAAUAUAUAAGUUAAGGGGGUGUUAUAAUAAAGCAGAGUAUAUUAGA